CUCUUUAGUGCUGAUGAAUGCACAUGUCACAGUUCAUGUUUGUCUGUGCGCAACAUCCUCUUGUCAGGGUUUGUUUUCUGGAGAGCCUGGGUGUGCACGGGUGGGUUUACACGUAUUUACACGCGUUCCUGUCCUGUGUGUGUGUGUGUGUCGGAAUGUGUCCUACUUUGUGAAGGGUGUGAGCCUGCCCGUCUGGAUUAUCGUAAGAAAAAACGCCGCGUUUACAGUACAGUGAGAGCUGGUGGUGGUUUAGCUGCCGUUAAGCGGAAGAAAGUCCACAUCCCUUUUUGUGCCUGUCCGUGUGUGUGUGUGUGUGUGUGUGUGUGUGUGUGUGUUUGUUUGCAGCUCUCACCGGGUUGGGUGCGUUACACUGAGAGCUUCCUGCUGCAUCCAUCUGCCUGAAAUUUAUAAGCGCCGAAGUGUCACUGCACAUUGCAGAGAUUUCCCGGAGACGCUGACGCUGGUGGAAACAACCUCUUAGCGUCACUCCCACUCAGGACCACAAAGGCAGCUCCUCACUCUUCACUUAAACCACAGCUUAGCAGCGGUUUGAAAGCUUCCAUCGGACUCAUGACUGUUUGAGGGGAACGCGGACCCACCGUGGCCCAUGCACUGGACCCGUUUCUCUCCCUGCCCUCCUCAGUCCUCAAGCUGACGCAAAACCCCAGACACCUACCCCCCCUCCCCCACCCCCACUCCCACCCCGUCCCCAGCGAUUCGCCCCCUCCUCCCAUGGCGCCCGGCACAGAGACCGUGCACUACAUCCACCUUCACAACUCCAGCCAGUCGGUGCUGGAAGCUCUGCGAACGCAGCGGCGCGAAGGCCUCUUCUGUGAUGUGACCGUGCGGAUACACGAUGCUUCGCUACGCGCCCACGCCUGCGUCCUGGCAGCUGGCAGCCCCUUCUUCCAGGACAAGCUGCUGCUGGGUCACUCUGAAAUCUCCGUGCCACCGUUGGUGCCCGCCGAGACCGUGAAGCAGCUCGUGGACUUCAUGUACAGCGGCUCGCUGGUGGUGCUGCAGUCGCAGGCCCUCUGCAUCCUCACUGCUGCCAGCAUCCUGCAGAUCAAGACCGUCAUCGACGAGUGCACCCAGAUCAUCUCUCAGAGGAAGGCGGCGGCGGGGGCGGCGAGCGCAGCUGCGGCGGCGGCGGCGGCAGCGGCAGGAAGAGGGAUGCUCGGAGGAGUUCUCCCGAAACAAGAAGAGCGCGGGGAGGGGAAGGGGGCAGAGAGAGGCGGAAGUGGAAGCUGUUCUGUUGGUGGCGCAGGUGGGGGUGGAGGUUAUGCCAACUUCUCCAACUUCAUGACUGAGUGCGGGGCGACUAACAUGAGCGGGGGGUUGGGGGGUGCCAGCGUCAGUGUCAGUGAGAGCGGCCCAGGCCCGAUGGAGCAAGCUAACACCGUGAGUCUGAUGGCGCUUGGCGACAUGGGCCCCGGCUCCAUGUGUGGCGGUGACGGACUGGGCUCUGGGGCCGGCGCAAUCCUCAUGAAGCAGAGCUCCAGCUGCACUCAGGACGUCAGGUACAAGCUCAGAGACCUGUUGGCGCAGUCGGCCAAUGGAGCCAGCACCAGUAGCACAGGGAACCUCUCGGCAGGCUGCGGCUCCGGCGUGGGCAGUGUGGACAGCAUCGGCAGGGACAGCCUCCGCGGCAACACAACUGACCUCUCUGAUGAGCUGGUGGGGAUGGACAGAUACAGCGAGGAGGAGGACUUGGACGGGAGAGAGCGGGGAAGAGACGGAGACAGAGACAGGGGGGCGAGCCACAGCCGCAAGCAGAGGCAGCCGCUAAGACUCCAGGUGCUUGGGGGAGAGGGAGUGGUGGUGAAAGACGAAGGGGUGCAGGACACAGAUGGGUCCGUCUAUGCCUUGGCGGAUGGGAGACGAGAUGGAGAGCAGGAGGGCUCCCAGGAAUCCAUGGCGGGAUUUGGACAGGAUUUCUAUGAUGAGCAGGGGGUGUUUUCAGAGAGCUUCUGGCCCCAGAGCGAGCCUUCUCAGGCUAUGGCGUUCAACCCCAGAGGAAGGGUCAACAAGCCUCUGACUCCACCUCCAACCACGCAGUCCAUCAACAACCAGGUAUUUUCAUCCAGUGGACAUUGUCUUCGCCCUCAGCUCCUUUUCCAGUACCCAGUGAGCCAGUCGCAGCCAGCUCCGUUCUACGUGGGUGGGCCCAUGGGUGGCAUUGACAGCAUGGCGGGGACGGAGCCCGGUCAGCAGCAGCAGGCUCCUCCCCCAGCUCCGAUGACUCCGGCCCCGCCCCCUUCCACCUCCGCCUGCUCUGCGGGCCCCUCCCCUUCCUCCCAAGGAUCUGAGACCUCGUUUGACUGCACGCACUGUGGCAAAUCUUUACGUUCCAGGAAGAACUACAGCAAGCACAUGUUCAUCCACUCCGGUCAGAAACCUCAUCAGUGCUCCAUCUGCUGGCGCUCCUUCUCCCUGCGCGACUACCUCCUCAAACACAUGGUGGUGCACACUGGCGUCAGGGCCUUCCAGUGCUCCAUGUGCGGCAAGCGCUUCACCCAGAAAAGCUCGCUUAACGUGCACAUGCGCACCCACCGUGCCGAGCGCACCUUCCAGUGCAACGUGUGCCACCGGGCCUUCACCCACCGCACCUUGCUGGAGCGCCAUGCCCUUCAGCACGCCCACCACGCCCCCCAGGGCCAAGGCCAGGGGCGUGGGCCCGAUAUGACCUCACCUACCAAGCACAGUCCUCCGGCUCUGGGAGGGCCCUCAGGUAUGGCUGGCGCGGCUGGCAUGGUUGGCAGCAUGGCCAACAUGCCAAGCCACGGAGCUUCCUCCACCUAGAGCGAGAGAAGAGGGAGAUACGGGGGGUUGGGGGUUAGAGAGCCCAUUCCUUGAACCGAAACUUAUUUGGUCCUAACAGCCUUGUUGAUCUUUUGUUCUGGUGGGACCGAAGCUUAUCGGGUUCCACUGGUUUAGCUCAAUGAAACAUUCAGGGUUCCUACACAGGGUUGGAACAAACUUUUGAACUCUGAAAACAAUAUAAAUUUUAAAGGAGGUUUUGAAAUUGCACAGAAACCCAGGAAAAGUUUGUAAAAAAUCAAAAAAAAAAAAAAAGGUAGUUGUUCCUGCUGCAGAAGUCCAUCUUAAGUAGUUGUAGUCCUUCUAUUCGUUUCCUGUUUUGUGACAUUUGUUGCUGUGAUGGCUAAUCAGAAACGUGGCUAACAAUCACACAGCCUGUUGAACAGCCAUCCAAAAUCCAGCCAAAAAGUUAUUUUUCAGCAGAGAAAAGUUUUGAAUUUUUGAAAUGUGUAGGAACCCUGUUUCAAAGACACCGGAGAGUCACCAAAGAGGUUAGGAAUACAGAGCGGGUUUGGGAGUGGGCGAGGGCGAGGGCGAGAGGAGUCUUAGUAUUUCUAGGUGGAGUUGAGGGUGGGGAUUGGAGUUAUAUGGAGAUGCCAGUUAGGGAAAAUAAGGGUUUGCUGGGUUUUAUUCACCCUCAAUUCAUUUAAUUCAAGUUGAUAGUUGAGUCAGUUCUGUUCAGUGUCACGUCAUCAAGCGUUAAAGCAGACGUCGUCCAGCGGCUUCUUCCAUUUGUUUAUUCUAGGUGUGUAAAAAACAUUAAGAUACUUGAGUAUCGCAGUAGUCGCAGUAGUUUCUUUAGUGAUACUUUCUCAAAAACAGUGCAUUGAUUUUUAAGUAGUCUUUUACAUGCAGAGAUUUGGGGCUGCGAGCCACUAACAAGCUGAUAAACACUUUGUGCUGUCAGACGAAGAGGAGGGGCUCUGCUGCACAUUUGGAAUGUAACAUGGAGACUUCAUUAGGAAACAAGUGAAGCCUGCAGGCCACUGAAGAUUUUCCAAACACCUUUGCAGGUAACAUGACACUGACUGUCUUCAAACAGCUCUGACUCUGAGAGAAUUGAUUAAAUAGCACUUUAGAACACUUAAUGAUCAAUCCUGACAUUCCUGAUUUGGUUCUUUUUUUGUAGCAGCAUUUAAUGUUAAGGUGAAAAUAAAUUUGAAUUUAGAUUCAAGGCAAAUCCAUACACGGUCAGUAUAAUGAUCAGGUCAGCUUCAAGUGUUGGAAAUUUAGGCAAAGACUUAAAAAGUGUUUCGGUAUCCCAAGGCUGUUUUAUGCUGCACCAGAAAAGCAUGAAAACAGGAGAUAAACUGGAGGUCGGAAGUGAAAAGUCUGUGGUCGAGCAUGUGUUGUUAGGCGGCUGUAGCCAAUCACUUUCAGGUCACAUUUAUUAUCUGUUAGGGGCUGAAAACUUCAGAAAGACUCCAGGUCAGAUUCUCUUACAGGAAACGAAAGCAAAAUUCGCUUCUCUUUUACUUUAAAAGCCUCAUUAGUGUUUUCCCACUUUUGAAUAUUUAGGGAAAAAAUGCACUUCGUGACUUAACUGAACUGAAUGUGAAUGGAGCCCAGCGCUGUUCAGGAGCAAACCCACGGUGACAAAGGGUUGUUGAUGAACAGGUCGAUGCAGAGGGAUGAGUGGUCUGAGCGGAUUGAGACUACAGCAGGGAGGGGAGGGCGGGGGAGGCGGCGGGGGAGGAGGCGUGAUGCACAGCAGUGUGAAUGAAAUUCACCCAUCAUCCAUCAGACAGCUUUGUAACAUUUUCCACAGGCGCCAGCGCUCGGCCCCAGGAUCAUAUACCUCGAACCAAGACGAGCCCCCGAUGGCUCGGAGGGACACUAUUUUCUCAUUUGAAAUGUUUGGGAAACAUUUCAGCAUGUUUUACACAAACACACACACACACACAC